CACUUCCGUCACCCUAUGCCUGGUGGCAGCGUGGUGCCCCGGGCAAUUUGGGGUGAGUUUUGGGCUGGAGCGAAGCCAGCGGUGACGCAGGAGGUGGCUGUAGGGGACCGGGACAGCUCAGCUGCCCGCCCCGGAGCUCAGCAGGGCGCCGGGCUGCUGGCCGGAACCCCGUUACCUGCAGCGAGGGAACCUGUGGUUCGCUCCCCAGGGCCAACCACCCACCCCGGCUACAGUCCCGAACCCGGGCCCGGUGCCUCCGCGUCUGCCGCCCCGCCCACUCCGCGAAGCCCCGCCCACCUUCCCUCCCCCAGCGGAUUCUGGCCAAUGGGAAGUGAGCAUGGCGCUGCCUGCCCCGCCCCCAGCGCCCCGCCCCCUCCCUGUCCCGUGACGCUGGCGCCGCUCUGCGCCUGCUCCGCUGCCGUUCGCGCCUGCGCAGUGCGCUCCGGGGGCGGGGCCGGUCAGGACGCCCGGGUCCUUGGGGGAGCAGGACCGGCCAUGGCAGCGCUGCGUUUGCUGUACCGGGCUGCCCACGCAGCCCCACCGGCCCCCCUGGGUCACCUGCGUCCCCUCAGCACCACCGUCCCCAGGGAGUGCUACAAGUACGUCAACGUCCAGGAGGCGCCCAUGGACAUGCGCUCCAUCACCGACCGCGCUGCGCAGACCCUGCUGUGGACCGAGCUCUUCCGCGGCCUGGCCAUGACGCUGAGUUACCUUUUCCGCGAACCGGCCACCAUCAACUACCCGUUUGAGAAGGGGCCGCUGAGCCCGCGGUUCCGCGGGGAGCACGCGCUGCGCCGCUACCCGUCCGGGGAGGAGAGGUGCAUCGCCUGCAAGCUCUGCGAGGCCGUCUGCCCCGCGCAGGCCAUCACCAUCGAGGCCGAGCCCCGCGCCGACGGCAGCCGCCGCACCACCCGCUACGACAUCGACAUGACCAAGUGCAUCUACUGCGGGUUCUGCCAGGAGGCUUGUCCCGUGGAUGCCAUCGUGGAGGGUCCCAACUUCGAGUUCUCGACGGAGACGCACGAGGAGCUGCUCUACAACAAGGAGAAGCUGCUCAAUAACGGCGACAAGUGGGAGGCUGAGAUUGCGGCCAACAUCCAGGCCGAUUACCUGUACCGGUGACAGCCGGGUGUCCCCACCACCCCUCCCUGCUCCCCUAAUAAAGGGUCUGGGAGGUUUCUGCACCCCCUUAACCGCACUGGGGGCACCGGCCCCUUCCUAACCCGGA